AUGUCUUGCAAUUGGCUUAUUUAUUUGGCCUACUUUACGCUGGCACCAACAUUACUGCCAGCUAUUUCAUACCAUAAACGUAACUACGAUUUGAGAUAUGCUAACUCGGAUAUACCGGAAUGGAAACAAAGGGCUUGUCAAAAAUCUCAAAGAGAGAAAAUUAAUUUACAUUACAUUUGCGAUGAAAAGGGUAAUGUCAAAUGUCUGUCCGGCUGGCAAGGUGACCUGUGUCAAGUGCCGCUGUGUCGCAAAGGAUGCGAUCCAAUGAAUGGCUACUGCCAACGUCCGGACGAGUGUCGCUGUCGCAUCGGUUACACAGGCGAUUUCUGUGAACGUUGCAUACCACUGCCGGGCUGCCAACAUGGCUAUUGCAAUAAACCGUUCGAAUGUAUCUGCAAGCCAGGCUGGGAUGGGCUCUUUUGUACCGAACCAACCUGCCGUUCGGGCUGCCACAAUACACGCGGCUACUGUGAGGCUCCUGGUGAGUGUCGUUGUCGCCUAGGUUGGGCGGGGCGCAAUUGCAGUGACUGUGCCGUACUGCCCGGCUGUCAACAUGGUACAUGUCAAAAGCCACUCGAAUGCAAUUGCUUGCCAGGCUAUACAGGGCUACUGUGCCAAACAG